AUGCUUAUAGUGGGACUAACAGGAGGAAUAUCUACAGGCAAGUCGACUGUUUCCGCCCGACUCCGGGAUAACUUUGGCGUUCCUGUUGUGGAUGCCGACCAAAUUGCUCGGGAGGUGGUACAACCAGGUAAACGUGCUUACAACCAAAUAGUUGAAGCGUUUGGCAGUGAAAUUGAUGAUCUUGUCAACGAAUCCGACCAGUCCUUGAAUCGGACCAGUCUCGGUUCAUAUGUGUUUGGAAAUCGUGAGCGAUUGGCGAUCUUAAACGGAAUAGUCCAUCCUGCUGUUAAGCGAGCCAUAGCUUGGGGGAUCUUCCACGCGUACUUGGGAUUCAACCGUAUGGUGGUAUUGGAUGUUCCCUUGUUGUUUGAAAGUGGCUUGGAUAAGAUGUGUGGAAUUGUUGUGACUGUUGCUUGUGACGAAGACACUCAAUUGGCGAGGUUAUUGAAGCGGAACCAGGAGUUAAGUGCUGAGGAUGCCCAAAAGAGAAUUGCCAGUCAGAUGCCAAUGAAGGAAAGAAACUAUAAAUCCGACAUUGUCAUUGAUAACCUGCUGUCAUUGGACGACUUAUAUGCUUCUAUAGAUGCAGUCGUGAGUCACAUUACCCCUGGGUUCUGGAUUACUCUUUUGGAUCUCGUUACUCCUAUAGGAGGGCUUUCGGCUUUAUUCACCUUCAUCUUGAGACGGAUCAACGAUAGAUUCAAGAGUGCUAAGGCUAAGACUGAGUAA